UUUGCGCACAGAAAAAUGCAGAAAAUAUUUAAUCCUGCACAGCUGCUGUGGAGAUCCUACUCUGUGCUUCUUCUAAAAGGUUGUUUGCGGCUCCUUAGCGGCCGGCAGGGGGCGCCAGAGGGUGGAGUCAGCAACAAGGCAGCAGACAAAGAAGAGCUGCAGGUAACAUCUUCAACCACAGCACAGGUGCAGAGUGGGCGGGGCCUGCUGACUGACCUGCUGGGAGCCUACAGGAGGCUGAGCUCUAAACCUCCAAAAGGUUUUGAGAAAUAUUUUCCAGACAGUCAGAAAACGCAGAAACACUCCGAAGCUGAAGCUGCAGCCAAAGAAUCCAAACCCGCUAACUCACAGAGAGCAUCGGGGAGGUCAACAGGAGGAGGGGGAGGAGCAGGUGGCAGCGGCGGCGGGGGAAAGCGAGGAGGUCGUAAGGAUGAGUCGCACUGGUACAGCCGUCUGCAGAAGGGGGAGGUGCCCUGGGACGAUAAGGAGUUCCGGAUGUACUUCCUGAGCGGGGUGGCGUUCUGGACCACCGUCACUUACUACUUCUUCCUGAGGGACGGAGGACGCGAGGUCACUUGGAAAGACUUUGUCAACAACUACCUGUCCAAAGGCGUGGUGGAUCGGUUGGAGGUGGUGAACAAGCGCUACGUGAAGGUGGUUUUCUCUGCAGGGAAAACACCGGUGGACGGGCAGUACGUCUGGUUCAACAUCGGCAGCGUGGACACGUUCGAGAGGAACCUGGAGACGGCGCAGUACGAGCUCGGCAUCGAGGGCGAGAACAGGCUGCCCGUGGUCUACUCCACCGAGAGCGACGGCACGUUCCUACUGAGCAUGCUCCCCACCGUGCUCAUCAUCGGCUUCCUACUCUUCAUGCUGCGGCGAGGCCCGGCGGGGGCGGGACGUCCUGCGGGGAUGGGCGGGCUGUUCAGCGUCAGCGAGACGACGGCGAAGAUUCUGAAAGAUGAAAUCGACGUGAAGUUCAAAGACGUGGCGGGCUGCGAGGAAGCCAAGCUGGAGAUCAUGGAGUUCGUGAACUUCCUGAAGAACCCCAAACAGUACCAGGACCUCGGCGCCAAGAUCCCCAAGGGCGCCAUCUUGACCGGUCCUCCCGGCACCGGAAAAACGCUUCUCGCCAAAGCAACGGCGGGCGAGGCAAAUGUGCCCUUCAUCACCGUCAACGGCUCCGAGUUCCUGGAGAUGUUUGUGGGUGUCGGCCCUGCCAGGGUGAGAGAUCUUUUCGUCAUGGCGAGGAAGAACGCCCCCUGCAUCCUCUUCAUUGAUGAGAUCGACGCUGUGGGGCGCAAAAGGGGGCGGGGCAACUUUGGCGGUCAGAGCGAGCAGGAGAACACGCUGAACCAGCUGCUGGUAGAGAUGGACGGCUUCAACACCGCCACCAACGUGGUGGUCCUCGCGGGAACCAACAGACCUGACAUCCUGGACCCGGCGCUGAUGAGACCCGGCCGCUUUGACAGACAGAUCUACAUCGGCCCUCCUGACAUCAAAGGUCGGGCGUCCAUCUUUAAAGUCCACCUGCGGCCCCUGAAGCUUGAGCCUGACAUGGACAAAGACUCUCUGGCCAGGAAGAUGGCUGCUCUCACACCUGGAUUCUCAGGUGCCGACAUCGCCAAUGUUUGUAACGAGGCGGCUCUGAUCGCCGCUCGCCACCUUUCAGAUGCUAUCAGCCAGAAGCACUUCGAGCAGGCCAUCGAGAGGGUCAUCGGAGGCCUGGAGAAAAAGACUCAGGUCCUGCAGCCGGAGGAGAAGAAGACGGUGGCGUAUCAUGAGGCCGGGCACGCCGUAGCCGGAUGGUUCCUGGAGCAUGCCGAUCCGCUGCUGAAGGUGUCCAUCAUCCCCAGAGGGAAGGGUCUGGGCUACGCACAGUACCUCCCCAAAGAGCAGUACCUGUACACAAAGGAGCAGCUGCUGGACCGCAUGUGCAUGACUCUGGGGGGCCGAGUCUCGGAGGAGAUCUUCUUCGGCCGGAUCACCACGGGCGCUCAGGACGACCUGCGAAAGGUGACGCAAAGCGCCUACGCCCAGAUCGUUCAGUUUGGGAUGAACCCGAAGGUAGGCCAGGUGUCCUUCGACCUGCCGCGCCAGGGCGAGAUGGUUCUGGAGAAGCCGUACAGCGAGGCCACGGCCCGCCUCAUUGAUACCGAGGUCAGAACCCUGAUCAGCGAAGCGUACCAGAGAACCCAGCAGCUCCUCAAUGACAAGAAGGCCGAGGUAGAGAAGGUGGCGCAGCGGCUACUGGAGAAGGAGGUUCUGGAUAAGAACGACAUGGUGGAGCUGCUCGGCAAACGGCCCUUCGCAGAGAAGUCGACUUACGAGGAGUUUGUGGAAGGAACCGGCGGCGAGGACGAGGACACGACGCUGCCCGAGGGUCUGAAGGACUGGAACCAGGAGAGGAGGCCGGAGCGGGAGGAGAGCCCGGACGAGCAGGUGGCCCGGCAGAUCUCCGGAGGAAUGCCCUUCUAGAAGCUCCUCCAGGUUCUGUCCUGCUGCUGGAGAGCCUUCUGAAGUCUCCUGAUGAACUUCGGCAGGGCCAGGGUGGAACCUGAAGACCUAAAGAACGUUUCCUGUGUAGAACAUCACGUAUUUAUUGAUCCGAGACUAUCGACGGCGUUCCGCUCCAUCCAUGAAAUCACUCAUCAUCACCAUGGUAACGUGCUGCUGGAGGCUGCUCAGAGAUCAGAUAUUGAUUAGUUGAUCGUUGUUGCUAGCAUGCUGUUUCAUAAUGUGUGUAAAUGUGUUUGACAUGUUUAAAUAAAGUCAGAGAAACUGAUCGAUCACCAA